AUGUUGCCCAGCAUCCAAUUGGACCGUGAGAAACAAGCCUCAUAUACGUUCCACGUCACUGUUCGAGACGGACCUUUGCGUGCGGGAAACUCAUUUGGCUCGCUGAAUGAGCCAAACUCGCAGUCGGUACGUCGACGUUCCGAAAGAUCUCAUCUGGUCUCAAUUCUGGUCACGGUGACUGUGGAGGACGAGAAUGACAAUGACCCGGUCUUCGUUCGGCCAAACUCCACUAAUCACAUGGUUUUAUUGGACCCGGCUGCUAUUCCCGGUCAGAGUCUCCUACAACUUCACGCUGUUGAUCCGGACGAAGGCCCAAAUGGACACGUGACAUACGCGAUUCGUGGAGGGAAUGCAGGGAAUUUGUUCAAUGUGGAUCCACGUACAGGGUUAUUGUAUUUGGAGAAUCAAAUCCCACGCCGCACGAUAGCUGAGGCUACCGCGGCAGCCGCAGCAGCAGCAUCUGCCGCGGCCGCGGCUGCGGCUAUUUCUUCCUCUCAGUCCGCCAAUGCAGGUUCUGAUGCUUUUGUCAGUAUAGCUGGAUCUGGCGCACACGGCACUGGCGCAUCAGACCAAGCACCAACACAACCAACAUACUUGCUCGCACUGGAAGCUUGUGACCAAGGGCAGCCAAGCCGAUGUACACAUUUUCCGAACUUACAGAUUCAGCUCCGAGUUCCAAAUGACCUGACAAUGGAUCCAACCACUGGACAGCUUCUCAUCGACGGAGCCGCUGGUUUGGCCGGCCCUCUGCAACUAGCCAACGGUGCUGGUACGCGCAGUGAUGGCUAUCUCGGAUUCGGUAUUGGGGGAGGUGCCGGUGGUCCAUGGGCCGGUGGACUGUCCACUGCAGAAAUCCUGAUAAUUUCAUUAUCUACUUUUUUUGCACUGCUUAUACUGGUGAUUGUGAUCACAAUAUGCGUGCUAAAACAGCGCUCCAUUAGCACAAGUCCUGAUGUCAGACGAAAAGAUUUGAGCGCGUUAAAACGUGUUGGGCGCAGCACAGUGAACAAUGUGGAAUUGGUGGACCAAGGAAAGCCGUUGCGCUACGGCACUACCAAAGUAAAUAUAACGCGGAUGGCUGUCGCUAUGGGCUCGCAUCCCGCCACCGUCAUGGGGCUGUCAGAAGAGGACCGUUUGUGCUACGCGGCUCAUCAUCAGCCCGUUUCUCGAGCGACGAUGUACGGCCCUACCCCACUCCCGGAACACUACGGCAUGUUCAGUCCGACAUACAGUCCGAAAAGAAUGAACAUUGCCGAAUAUCAAACACUGGAAGGCUGGUCUGCGCUAGAUGCGCAACGUUACGGUACCUCCUGUCAGCAAUAUCCCACCGUUUUAAGUAGCCCAGAAAGACGCCGCUAUUACACACAGCCACAUAUGGACGUUUCUCAAGCCAAACUCUCUAACGCCGAAUCUUACAACACCAGCCCAAUCACGGAGUCUCAAGAGAAACCGGCAAAGGAAUUGGUCGUUGAUUUGAUUCCCUCACGUCAAACCUCACAGUCUGGACUUUCGGACACUGCGACGGAUCUGCAUACAAUGGUGGAUUCAUCCGCUCCGUCUUGCAGCCCACGAAUUUCACAUAGCACGAAAGCAAAGUUACAAGCCUACGCAGGAUUUCCCAAGUCCAGUUUUGUAUAG